AUGUUGAGAGAUGUAUUUCAAAAACCACUGUUGAUGUUAUUGAGAUUAUCGAAGGCUCUUAUAAUAAUGACUGUGAAUUUGAAUAACAUUUUAACAACAGAUAGUAGACUUAAAAAUAAUGUUUAUUUGAAUUUGUACCACAUGAAUAUAAUCGUUUAAAAUUUUUCUUAUGUAGUUGGGCAAACUUUCAAUAAAUUUAUUCAUCCGAUGAUGAUGAAUUCAUAGUUUAACUUAUAAGAUGACUGUUAAUUUUUAACAUCUCCAAUUAAUUCAACAAAAUUUUUGCGCAUUUUAAUUAUUUACAAGAUAUCAUCUAUAAAUCAAAGUAUUAUAACAACCUAUAGUAAUACUUUUCCGGCUAAGUCUGAAGUAUUUGAUAUUAUCUCUGAUAUUAAAUUGUGGCAUUAUAUAUUAAUAAAAAAAUUAUAAAAUUCAAUUUGGUUUCAAUUAUUUUUAUAAAUGUUGUAAUAAAGAAGAAUUGAGAUUAAAUUUUUAUAGUAUGAUAGAAUGUAAUUUAAGCUAUCAUAUGGGAAUUUAUUACAAUCAUACUCCAAUUAUCUUGCAAUAUCAUUUCUCAUUUAAGGUCGAGAAACAUCUAGCCUUAGAUUGAACCUUAUGCAUAAGGUUUCUCAAUUGUUGGGUUCCAAUUUUUUAAUUGUCCAGAUAUUGAUGAACAAUCUAUAAGUUGCAAAUCAACUAUGA